AUGGCGAAACGCGUGACGCUCCUAGAUCCACCACCACAGGAUCAUUCCAAGGCCCCCAUCGAGAAUGUGCUCGACUUGACGCCGGUGGUGGACCUCGGCCCCGAUGUCUUCACAAACACACGACCGCUAUGGCAUCCUCCCGGCGCCCGUGGCAUCUACGGCGGCGCCGCCAUCGCCCAGUCGCUAUCUGCCGCCAUGCGAACCGUUCCCUCCGAUUUCGCCGUCCACAGCAUGCACUGCUACUUCGUCCUUGCCGGUGACUCCGAGAUUCCUAUCCUAUACCACGUCGAACGGGUACGCGACGGACGAAGCUUCAUAACCCGCACCGUGCAGGCGCGGCAACGCGGGCGCCCAAUUUUCACUACGACCCUGAGCUUCAGCCGGGUCGGCAGUGGUGGAGAAAAGACCAUUACACACGCAGUCACUAUGCCAGAGGCAUCAUUGCCCGAGGGUCCGUUGCCUGGGACCGUGCAGGCUUUGAAUAAUGUGGGCGGGGGUCCAUUUGAGUCAAGGAAGGCGGGCAUCGUCAACCGCAAUUCCCCAAAUCCCGAGGAUAAGAAAGUCCGACGAUUCGUCAGAUCGCGGGGCCACAUCUCCGAGGAGGGUGGUUUCCAGGCCCAUUUGUCGGCACUUGCCUACGUCACCGACAGCUACUUCAUCGGCACCGUCGCGCGAGUUCAUGAUGUUCCCCGAUUCUCAUCUCCAGCAGAACUUCAGAAGCUUCUCAAGGCACUGAAGAACCCCUCUGAUCUCGAUGAUGAGGAUAUCACCAAAGCAUUGAAAGAGCUGAAGGAGGAGGAGGCUGCUGACCUGCGUCGCAGACUGCAAGGCGCCCUAGAUAACGCGACUCAAGCUAAAUCUAAGGAUCAUAAAGAAGUCGGGAUGAUGGUCAGUUUGGACCAUUCGAUUUAUUUCCACAACCCGCGCGCUUUCCGAGCCGAUGAGUGGAUGUUGAUUGAGAUGGAAAGCCCGUGGGCUGGAGAAGGCCGUGGACUGGCUAUUCAGAAGAUCUGGUCACAGGAUGGGACUUUGAUUGCCACUUGUACUCAAGAGGGCGUUGUGCGCUUGAAGCAGGAUAAGCCGCCACUUGCUAAGAUCUGA